AUUUCGGGAUGGAGUCACUACAGGUAAAAUGAACUGCUUAUCUGUGGCCGUACAAGUUCUUCGGUCUCGAAUUAUUAGUGCCCCUGAUGGCAGUGAGUUUUGACACGUUCGAGGCACAGCUUGUGCAUCCAGGCGCGCCUUGAACCGGUGAAUGAUUGACUUUGUUCGUGUGCUGUAGGAUUCGUAUUAGUACUAUACUGCAGGUUUAGAGGGUGAUCGUCGACUAUGGCAUUCCAGCAGGACGUCGUCAGCGGUGAGCAGUACCGCUAUGCACUUACCAACUUCCGUAUAGCGCAUGAAAAGGUCGAGGAACAACGACGCCAGCUCGAGGAGCAGGAACGACAGAUCGGAUUGCUCCGUGCGCGGAUCGCGUUGUUGGAGGGUACUGCGAAGGGGCCGCAGGAUAUGGCUACGAAGCAGGGAGGAACAUCGGUGGAUGACUUUUCGAUCAAGAACGCUGCCUCUCAGCUGGAAAGACUGAUUAACAGGUGGGCAGCGGAGGUCGUGCGAUCCCCGCCUGCUAGCCUGGACACUAUCUAUGCUGCCGCCAUCUCAGAUAUCACUGGCAACAACGAACCGCUGCCUCCUGGUGCGAGCGCCGUGCAGGUACAGAACAUCUUGCGACAUGUCAUGUCCGAAAUGAUCAGUGCCGAGGUCAUUAACUGUCUGAUCGUGACGAAUUCGGGCGAGGCAAAUGUGCAAUUGACGCGUAUACAUGAACACUUGUUUUCUCGGAAUCCAAUGGUCGCAGCCGUCUGGCGUCGUCAGACCUUUUCAGCGGCAGUCGAUUCCUGUGAUACAAGCAUGGCACACAGCAUCUUCGACGAUCAAAUGCCAUCUCUGGUCAGGACACUCGGUGCAUCCAUGAAGGGCGCUCUCAGCAUCUUCGAUGCCGCGUACAACUUUUCGCGAAUGCUACAUGGCGCCAAUGCCAGCGGAUCGUCUGCAGAUGCGUUCUACCGAUCGUUCGUGCCCGAAGUCGGGAGUGCGCUGUUGCCACGCCAGAUAGAGCUCAUACGACGGUGCUUGAAGAGUGAGCAGGGAGAAGUUGAUCGAGUGGGGGCGACUAUUUUUCCCGGACUGGUCAAGGUGGGAAAGGCGGCCCCAGCAAGCGGUGAACAGAACCAAGACAGCAUGCAAACUAUUGUCAGGCGUGCACAGGUUAUUUGCGAAUGUGCACUAUUGGCCAGUGUCGUCGGCGUCGCACCGCUCCAGCAUUAGUAGGAUGAAUGAGGCCUUGAAGCGGGUAGAAGUGGACGGGCUUCCAUUCACGUGGAAUGUUACUUGCAUCUCUGAUCGAUCAGGCAAGAUUUAGAGCGGGUUCCCGCUUCCAUUGCUUGGCUGUCGCGGAGAUUCGAUGCUUCUGUACCCUUGCCAAGAUGUCAAAGACUGUACAUACCCUUAAUCCACAACAUAUUUACCUGAUGUAUUCAUCCAGUGUCACAUCUUGCUACAGUGGCAGAUAUUUGUUGAGCCGCGCUUUAUGUGUAACCACACUUGAAGUUCCUGAUAAACGGGGCGGAGGGUUUAGUACCAGUAGAGGAUGAUGAGUGAACGCCUGCGCGAACCCGCGCCCCGAUAAAAGCAUUAGUUUGUGGAUUCAAGUCGGCUAUGUCUGCCAGGUCUGUGCGUGAUCUUGGUCAUACGUGUG